AUUCGUUGUCCAACAAAUUGAGGCAAGUCGUUCUCGAUAGCUGUGGAUACGGUAUUAUUGUUGAAUGCCAGCGAACAACCAGCGAUAUCUCCCUUCCUAAAGAAAUAGAGAGUCCCGCCCACAGCGUUGGUUGGAUGUCUGCCUGUCAAAUCGUCUCGGUGCCAACAUCGACGGAACUUGGCAUUUUCAUAUACGAAAAGGACAAUCAGAAUCGUUUUAACAACCUUAUUGAAAACAUCACCUAUCCUAAAAAUGACAUCUUGGUGUAUGUUCGCUACCUCCAGACCGGACAGAUUGAAAAAAAACUUAUCUCAAAGAACGUGCGAAUGCUUGGUGGGCUUCGUACUGGAAUCCCAAUUUCUAUCUUGGAAAACUUUGAAAAUGGUUCAAGUGCAUGGAGUGAUAACCUUUUAAUUGUGGAGCUUAAAGCUUGUGCUGGCGGUCGAUAUAUUGUGACCGCGGGAUCAGGAGACAAUGCUAUUGUAUUUAAGACCAAGUCGCAAACUGGCUUUAAAGAUCGUGCGAUACAGAGUGACCAAUUUGAUGAUUUUGCCGAUCUUCCAGAAUUUGACUAUUGCAUUUUGGGACCCUCGACGGUUUUUACUUGUGAACCUAAAGUUGGUGAGAAAAUCCAGAUCCACGUGGACGGGUCAUGGUAUGAUGUUAAAGUUACCGAGGUCAAUGGUGAUUCUGUAAAGCAUGUUGCUUGGUCUCCGACUUCCUCAAACAGCCCAAUAGAAGACAUUGAAAAAGAUGAAGAUACUGAAAAAGGCGAAGACGGUGGACAAGAUGAUGAUUCUGAAGGUGAUGGUUAUUACCUUGGCUUCACAGAAGACGAAGAACUUGAACAUAAAAAAAAUCCUGAUAAAUCUUGGUGUCCAUGGACGGAAGGAAAAACGAGUUGGGAUAUCAGGCCUUAUCGCUGCCUUCACGUUGGCGAUCUUGUCGAAGCACCCGUCACAUACCCAGACUAUCUCUUCCGUUACCAUGGCCUUGAAGAGUCACAGCUUUAUCUCCCAGCUCGCAUUAUUGAUGUUCAGGAUGAUCAGUAUAUAAUUAAAUUCAGCCCUGCUGUCAGCGCUUACGCUUGGUGGCCCGGUCGUGCUUCAAGUGACGAAUUUCCUCGCGAACCAGGCUCUAAGGAAACUGUUAAGAAUCCAUUUGAUGGCAUACAGGUUACCAUGAAUAUGGAUUGGGUUCGCCCUUACUCUGCUGGACCAAACCCUGUUUUUGGUACGCAGUCAAUAAGACCACAUAGUUGGUCAGCGUUUCAGGGCGUCCAAUUCACAGACUUGCAACAAAUCGAUGAUGAUGUCCUGUGGAAAUGA